AUGCACAUAAAUGUUGGUUCGAAGCUAACUGAAUAUCUCAAGCUUUUGAACCAACUAGAGUAUUAUGGUAAUGUUCCAAACGAUUUGAUAAAUUCCUUGCGGUCUUACGCUUUGAUAGUAUAUCGGUCAGAUCGGCAAAAUAGUUUCAUUGAACCCAUGCCAUGGAUUGGGAUCUAUAUCGCCAUAGCAUCUCUGUUUUGCACCCUUGCAAUGGUGGCUGAUUUAAUACAUGGUUUGAGGAACAGAAAACUAUGGUUUCCGUGUAAAUACUCCACUCUGAAUGCUGCUUCUCUAUCUAUAAUAGCUGUUGCAAUGAAGCUACCCAUGGAUCUAAGCAGUUUGAUGCCAGGUGACGUGGACCAGUUUACAAAAAUUGGAAGCAUGGGAUUUAUGUACACCAUGAUGGCUAAUUUAUUGCCUUCUCUAGCAACCAUGGAUAGCAAGGAACUUUUCACAAACAUCAUAGCUUUGGUUGUACUGGUAAUUACAUUGGUUGUGAAUGUUUGCAUUCAAAUAAAAACCGGUGUUGUUUCCAACACUGAAGUGGAGCACAGGUUAGGUGGUGAUCAUUAUUCAAACUAUUUGAGUUUUUACAAUCAGUCAAUAGCAAUCAUUUACGUUGCUAUGAUACUGAUGUUGCUGAUGAUACAUGCAUGUUCAUCUAUAGCGAUUCUAAAGUCCAAACAGUUACUAGAAGUGAAAUACCAAGCAGCUUUAAAGGACCAACAACUUGAACCAGGAAGAUUAACUGUUGAGAAGCUAAAGAAGCAUGUGAGCAACUACUGGAUCAUGGCAGGAACUGGAAACCCCCAGUUCAUGACAGCUUGCUCUGCUACAGGCUCUGCUUCUGGGGUAGUAUGCGCUUUAAGUACUGUCUUGCAUGUAAUUAUUAUGCUUUUCACUGUUGGACGUACAAAGGACUAUAAGUCGGAUUAUAAGUGGUCAAUGAUGGUGAUACUCAUAAUACAAUUUAUCGGAUCCUUGUUGGGUACUAUUGCCCCACUUUGUAGAUGUUUUGCAGCCUUAAGCUUUAAGCUGUCCAUAAAAUGGAUUUGGAACAGUAUGAAAGUCUUUAAAGUUGAGAGUUACUGGACUCAGAAGUUAUUUGAUUUGAAACAGAGUAGCAUACCAUUCUUUUCUUGUAGCCGCAAGUUUAAGUUUUUUGUCCACAAUUUUGAAGUCCUCAUCCUCGGCUUUUGCAUAGGAUUUCAGAAGGCAGUUGUGGUAGCAUGCAAGAUAAUAGGCCUCAUCCCAGUUUUCAUAGUGAUCUGUAUCUUUAAUUGUUCCUGUUGUUGGAAGUGGUUAAAGUCGAUGUUAAUUGCAUUUGGUAUUGUGUUUGUAAAAACCACUGAGCAACAUGAAACAAAUGAAAACUUUAGCCAUUAUGUUUUACAACUUCAAGACGAUAUGGAGCUUGCUGAGAUAACAAUGAAACGGAUUUCAAAAUCUUUCGACCGCUUGAUCAAGAAGGCUGAAACAACAACUCUCCAAUCUUAUGAAGCUUCUAAAGGGAUCUACAGGUUUUGA